AUGGAAGACCAGCGUGACCUCAUCUCCAACCAUGAGCAGGUGCCCAUGCUGAGCCAGCGCCCCGGAGCCCAGGAGAGCAAGUGCAGUCGUGGAGCCCUGUACACAGGCUUUUCCGUCCUGGUGGCUCUGCUCCUGGCUGGCCAGGCCACCACUGCCUACUUCCUGUACCAGCAGCAGGGCCGGCUGGACAGGCUGACGGUCACCUCCCAGAACCUGCAGCUGGAGAGCCUGCGCAUGAAGCUUCCCAAGCCUGCCAAGCCUUUGAGCCAGAUGCGGAUGGCCACUCCCAUGCUGAUGCGGGCGCUGCCCAUGGCAGGCCCAGAGCCCAUGAAGAACGCCACCAAGUACGGCAACAUGACCCAGGACCACGUGAUGCACCUGCUCCUGAAGGCGGACCCCCUGAAGGUGUACCCGCAGCUGAAGGGGAGCCUGCCAGAAAACCUGAAACACCUUAAAGACACCAUGGAUGGCUUGGACUGGAAGCUCUUUGAGAGCUGGCUGCAUCAGUGGCUCUUGUUUGAAAUGAGCAAGAACUCGCUGGAGGAGAAGCCCUUUGAGGUUCCACCAAAAGUACUGACCCAGUGCCAGGAAGAGGUCAGCCGCAUCCCUGCCAUCCACCCGGGCGUGUUCAGGCCCAACUGCGACGAGAACGGCAACUAUAUGCCGCUCCAGUGCUAUGGGAGCAUCGGCUACUGCUGGUGUGUCUUCCCCAACGGCACCGAGGUCCCCCACACCAGGAGCCGCGGGCGCCAUAACUGCAGUGACCCAAUGGAGAUGGAGUAUCCAUCAUCCGGGCUGGGGCUGUAA